AUGAAGAGAAUGAUGAUGAAGUUUCUAGCUCUAGUGAACAACAGAGUGACGUGGAUGGAGGUAUGCAUAUCAAGGAACAUCAAGUUGAAUAUAGCUUCAUCGGAGGGAUGUCAGUGGAGGGCAUAUAAUCAGCUUUCAAAGUAUCAACAAGCUCUGAGUACAAGGAUACAGCCAGCAAUAGGAAGCUACCAGUCACAACCAAUCUGGGAUCUAAAAGGAAUCCAUACUUCACAUUAUUAUAAUGAUGAAGUUAAAGUGGUAGAAACACCUCCUUUUGCCGAGUCGGUGUCAGAGGGCGAUGUAAGGUGGGAUAAAGGUGUAGGGGACUUUGUAGAGGAAGAUGAAGUUAUUGGAGAGAUCGAAACAGACAAGACUUCUAUCCCAGUACCAGCACCAUGUAGUGGAGUCAUCCUUGAGUUGUUGACACCAGAUGGAGAGAAGGUUGUAGCAGGUCAAGAGCUUCUCAAGAUACAAGUCUCAGGAGAUGCACCUAAGAAAGCUGCCCCAGAAGCUGCAGCCCCUCCUCCUACCCCUCCACCACCUGCUGCUGCCCCAGCCUCGCCCCCUCCAGGAGCAUCAGCUGGGCCCAUACCAUCAACUCCACCACUACCGCCCUCUAUACCUACAGCUCCUAUCACAUCUAAACCAGCAUCAUCAGUCCCUAUCCAGCCUGCUGCAGUAUCCCAGUCAGAACCUAUUGGCUUUGGAGCAAGAUCGGAACAAAGGGUCAAGAUGUCCAGGAUGAGACAGAGGAUAGCACAAAGACUCAAGGAUGCCCAGAAUACUGCUGCAAUGCUUACUACAUUCAAUGAAAUAGAUAUGAGCAAUAUAAUAGGGGUAAGGAAUAAACACAAAGAUGCUUUCAUCAAGAAGCAUGGAGUCAAGUUGGGCUUUAUGUCGGCUUUCGUCAAAGCAUCAUCUUAUGCUCUCAAGGAAAUGCCCGUUGUUAAUGCAGUUAUUGAUGAAAAUGAAAUAGUGUAUCGUGACUACGUUGACAUCAGCGUGGCUGUGGCUACUCCUAAGGGUCUAGUAGUUCCUGUUCUUCGUAAUGCUGAUGGUAUGAGCUUUGCGGACGUUGAGAAGGGGCUGAAUGAGCUUGGUGAAAAGGCCAGAUCAGGAACACUAGCAGUUGAAGACAUGGAUGGAGGUACCUUUACAAUAAGUAAUGGAGGUGUAUUUGGUUCUAUGUUUGGUACCCCUAUCAUCAACCCACCUCAGUCAGCAAUCCUGGGAAUGCACGCCUCGUUUGAUAGACCCGUUGCUAUAAAUGGAAAGGUUGAGAUACGGCCUAUGAUGUACAUUGCCUUGACGUACGACCACAGACUCAUCGAUGGUAGGGAAGCCGUUACCUUCCUUCGUAAAAUCAAAGCCGGUGUCGAAGACCCCAGCAUCUACUUACUAGAAAUGUGAAUUACUCAGAGUUAUAGAUCUAGAUAUAUUUAAGAAGAUCCAUUGAAGUAGCGGUGAAGCUGGACUUGUGAUUGUAAUAUUCUGCAAUGAGGAAAUUGAAGUGGAAGAUAGGUGAAAAGUAAGAUCAGUUUUUAUUUGGAGUCAGAUUUUGAUGAACUUGACUGACAGCUAUUCUUUGUUGAAAUAGGUUUUGUUGAUGGGUAUGUUUAGUUUGUACCAUUCACCAUCCUUAUCCCCUACACAUUUGAUGAAUAUUAUUUAUUUUUAUUUCUGUAAUAUCCAUUGGAAUUUUUCUGAAAAUUAAUUUUACAAAAUUGCCAAAUUCAAAUAAGUGAGUGGUAUUCAUACAGUACAUACUCAUCAAGAUUGAUAAGCAUUUUGUUCUUUAUUUGUUAAAUUUUACAAUUCAUUGCUGAGUUACAUUUUUUGAUAGGUCAUCCAGAUUUGCGUCUUUUGAAAAAUUUUCAAUGUUUUAGAUGAAAUGUAUAUAUUAUAUAACAUUUACAAAAAUAUGUGAAUCAAAUAUCUUGGGGUCUAACAAUGAAAUGUUAGGCAUGUUUUGCCCACUGUGAAGGCAUAUCAGUUGAUGCAAAUGACUUGAUACAAAUAUAAUAUACACUUGAAUAUUCAGUCAGUGGCUAAACAGAGUCAAUUUUGAAUGCUAUGGCAUGUCUCAUUGUCUAGAAAUAUGAGUAAUAAUCAAUAAGUUUGUUUUCUUCAUUGUAAGGACAUUAAUACAUACUAUCUUUGAAUGUGUCACACUACUGUCAUUCAUCUAAAAUUAAGGUGGUAAGCGCUUACUACGAUUGUGCUUCAUAUUCUUUAAAAAGAAAACAUUUCUGAAGCUUCUAACAAAAUGUCAGUCGUUUGUUAAGCUGUCAAUUGGUAGUGAGAAACUAAAUUGAUAUGUAUAUGAAUUCAUAUAAAGACAAAUGGCCAUUUUGUUAUAAAUCAUAUGGGAUAUAUGCAUCAUUUGUGAAGUACCUCAAUACAAAUGAUUCCAGAGUCACUUGUUAAGAAUAAAGUAUUCUGAAGAAUGUUUGCUGUCUGACUUUGUAUUUGAAAUAAGUGACUGGUAAGUGGCUGUUACUUUGCAUGACAGCUAAGAAAGCAAGGAGGCUUUGUCAUUAAGCAACCUGAGGACCAAUGGCUGAAGGUCCUCUUUGAUAGACCUGGGGUGUUUCAUAAAGAUUUAAGUGUGACUUAAAGUCCCAGUUGCUGGCGGAAUUGCAGGCAUCACCGCAUCGGUCAAAUUGUGCUAAAAGGAUGCGCACUCCUGCUUUAUUAAUCAAUAAGAUUGCACAUUACAUCAAACGGUCUGUCAACAUUUAAGCAUGUCUCUAUAUGUCACACUUAACUCUUUGUGAAACCCCACCCUGGUUAUGAAGAUAAAUGCCUUACCAUAGGCCACUAGGCACUGACCUGGUUUUGAAACCAGGGGCCAGUAACACAAAACUUAGCAAUGAUCGUAGAACAUUUUUCUAUGAUUGAUUCCAUUGACCACAAUGUACAAUCAAUCGUGAAAAUCAAGCGAAUGAUUGAUCGCUAACCUUUGUGUUACGGAACCCAGGACCCGUCUUACAAAGAGUUGCGAUUGAUCCAAUCAACCACAACUAUGGACGGCCAGCAACGUCAACAUGUAAAAUACAUGUUUGUUCAAAAUAUUUUCUAGAUAUGAUAUAUAUUCAUACAUUCAUAGCUUUCUUUACAAUUCACUGUGCUUCUCUUUGUUUUCAAAGGACAUUGUGCAAAUUUCCUAAAGAAAAUAAUAUGACAUUGAUGGAUUUUCAUAUACUUGAGUUUGAUUGGUUUAAAUCCUAAAUCUUUAUAAGACGGGGUCCUGGUGUUCAGAUUACAAGACCAAGUGAUCUGUCUCAACUCACAACUGGAAUCAUUCAUGAUGAAGUAUGCAUUCUGUUUAAUUGCAUUUCUUCUUUCACAAAGAUUUCAUGUUGGCCUGCAUUUGUUUGUAUAAUAUAUCUAUUCAGAUGUGAAAUGUAAGAGGAUAAUUUAUUGUUACAGUUAAAACCCUUUUAUGGCCGUUCAUUCUUUUUCAACUGUUUUGUAAAGCAAUUGAGGGCUUUUGUAAUGAUGAACACAUCAUUGUAAUGAAAUGAAUUCCCGGAAACUAGAUCUUAUACAGUAGAUUGGGGCAUACCAUUAAUUGAUAGAAAAUCUUGUUAUUGCCAUCAAAACAUUUAAAUGCUCUGGGGCCUGUUGCAGAAAGAGUUGCAAUCAAUCGCAACUCUAAAAAUCUUGCGCAACUUGAUUUUCAACCGAUCAACAGCGCGCAUUUGGGACUUGCGAUUGAUUUUUUGACUUGCGUGUAAACCCAACUCUUUCUGCAACGGACCCCAGAAGUAGUAUCAUCAUUGAAGGACCAAGAAGUUCUAUUUCAUCCCAAAUGGAGCAUUGUACUACUGAUUCAUUAAUGAAGUUCAUAAUGCAUGUUGCUUUGAAAAAAAAAACCCAGUGAUUACAAAGCAUGGGAAUAGGAGAAGAAUUUAUACUUUAGUAUCUACUAUCUAUAUGAAUGCCUUGAAUACAUCGUACUGUGCUUUGCUGUGGUCCUUAUUUCUAGUAACAUCCUGUCUAGAGUAUACACAUGCUUUACAUCAAUGCUGGUGUAAAUACAUUUUGAGAGACGAUGUUUGCAUCAUUAUGUAUCAUAAUGGAUAUGAAAAACUUCAGUUGUUCAGUUGUGAUAUAUUUUCAAUAUGGUAAAGAACAAAACAAAGUGACACCAUUUUUAUUAUGAAUGUUUAUUGAUACUUGAGAUGUGUUGUGUGCGGUGGCCUUUAGAAGAGUUAACUUGCAUCUUUUCCUCGAUUCAGAGCUUUUAAUUCUCCAGCAGUUGUCUUAUUGCCUCCUAGGAGAGUGUAUAUGAUAACACCCAAUAAAUCUCAAGGAAUAAAUACAUGAUAUAUUGGAUAGUUUGGUGUUAAUGCCGGUCCUGGUGUUGGGAGCUUCACACCUACAUGUAGUGAGAUUCAUUCUUGGAUCGGCUUCAUUUUAAAGCUAAAUGAAAGUAGUUGCAGUAAAACACUGAUUUUGUGAGAAAGUCUGUAAAACCAAGGUUAAGUAAUACUAUAUAAUCGUGGAUCUAGAUCUGGUACAGUUACAUAUACUUAACUUUGUGAAAUCAUAAAAUCUAAGCUGAAAAACGAUCACUCUGAAGAUCGCCAACACAGAUAGGCACACGUGGGAGAGUGUAUAUUAUUUCUGCUGAAAUAAAGACCCGACGGAAGUGCCCAAAUCCGCGCUUAUUUUGCUUAUUUUUUCAGCAAUUACACAAUUUCUUCCAGAAUCCUUUGGCACAUAUUUUUAUUCAUACAGACACUUGGGUGGUCAUAUUGGAUUCUGUAAAAAGUCAUUUUGAGAUCGUUACCACAACUGGCAUUUAUCUUUAAGUAAGGUGCUGACAUAUAAAUUGACCUAACACCAAUACCAAGAUGUUAGCGUUGAACAUGAGAUCACUAGUCAUGAUAUAAUAAGAAUAAUUUGAUUAUGAAUUGGUAUAGCCCAGCCACUAUAUAUUGUAGAUAUACUCUACUGUGCUUUAAUUUGAUACAUGAUACAUAUUCUCUAUUAUUUCCGCCGUAUUUAUGUUGGUCUAUGCAACGUAAUCGCGUGUAUUCAGACAUCUCUUUAUAUCUAGACUGCAGAGACCGAUCAUUCAUGCAUUGUUCAAACACAUACGCUGUCUGAGUAAUAAUCAUUUAAGAACAAACAUAGACAUGUACUGUACAUGGAAGUUGAAAGGUUAUCUUCCAACUGGGUGCUAGGGUAUGUCUCGAAGUGAUGAGCCAAAUAUCCACUCCCUUCAUUUGCAUCAACUUCCAUGAAUGUUUUCAUUGCAGCUAACUUGGAAAGGAGGAAUUUUGGGGAUGUGUUUUGGGGUGAUUCAAAAGAAAGAAUGAGAAUGUGUAAUAUGUAUUAUAAAGGAUCUUGAUGAUUCUAUGAAUAUGAAAUAAAAUGAUGAAUUGUCCUUGCAUGCUCCGACCAUAGAGCUUUAUUAGGACCUUGAUGUGGUGAAUAUAUUGAAGCUAUCUGUUGCUUCGAUACCAUGGCAACUGUAUCAAUUAAAAGUUUAACAUUGUUUUAACAUUUGACAA